AUGUCCAACGAGACUACUACCUACAACAACAACGCCGAGUUCCCCGCUCUUCAACAACUGGACAUCAACGCCACUGACGCCUUUGUCGUCACCUCAUCUUCGUCCUCUGCUCCUAUUCCCGAGGACAUCGAAAUGGCCGACCAGGACCUAAGCGAUCCUUUACCCUCUAUGGACGAUCAUCCCAUCUCCGCCGCUCAAGAACCCGAUCUGAAGUUCUUCUCAAUCAUGUCUGAUUCGGACUACAAUGGCGAUGUCGAUUUGACGACUGACCUGCAAGACGUAUUGCUAUCCAAGCGCCAUAGUCUAGCGCAAUGGACGAAAGCGUACCGUCAUUCUGUGCUCAGGGUUGCGAAGACCUCCAUUGACCACUCUGAAUAUGCCAGCUGGCUGCAAGAGUGCGCCGAUCUUGCCAAGAUCGUGCGACAGAAAGAAAAAGAGCACGCCUCUUUUGCUGCAGCUUUGAGUUUGGGUUCUCUGGUAACAGACCCCAUCCUCUCGCCGGCCUCUGCUGCUGCUGCCGCGGCAAAGGUUGACAACACCAAAUUGUCACUGGACAUGGGCACGCCCCGUUUCGGUGAUGCCAAGCAUGGCAAGGGACAGUCUUUUCAGGUCAUCCGUGACCCUCACCUGUUCUUAGACAGCUUCAAGACCUACUGCGAAAAUAGCUACGGCGAGACGCCUUUUCUCGCCAGCGCUCAGCGCCUCCUUUGCAUGGCCAUCCUGGACGAGCAGACCCGUCAACAGUUCAACGAUGAACUGGCUCGGCAUGGCAGCUCCUCUCUCACAUGGGAGGAGUGUGAAGUUGCAUUUGUUGACAGCGUUCUGACUCCAAAAGAACGUUCCCUCACCGUCGCUCGCGUUGCAGAGACAGGUCGUCGCAACAAGGAAUCCUACCGCAACUUUGCACUACGUCUCCAGCGAUCUGUCCGUGUGUAUCGUAUUGACGAUGGCAACACCACCGUCCUCUCUGGCAUUAUGGGCUCUAUCCCUUCGAUGGAACUGAACCUCAUCAAGAAUUCGAUUCAAAAGGCCGGUACCUCUCUGUCCGAGGUUAGGUUGGACUCGAUCACCUAG